AUGUGUGGACGGUAUGCACUGGGCAUCCGUGCCUCGUUCGUCAGACAUCAAUUACAACAGCAAGGACUCCCGGUAGACGAAGCACCAGAUGACGACGAGGCAAGGGAAACAUAUAACUUCCCUCCAGGCGCCUAUGGACUUGUCUACCGUGCAGACGUGCCCGACCAGGGCGCUCCCGCCGAUAAUGAGGAGAAUGGUGAUGCCGCUGAAGUCACCAACACACAGCCAGAGUCCUACAACUACCAAAUCAAGACCAUGAAAUGGGGUCUCAUUCCGUUCUGGACCAAGCGCUCGCCGGACUAUGGUUCCAUGCUGAAGACCAUCAACUGCCGGGACGACUCUUUGAUUGAGGACCGUGGCAUGUGGACCACCAUGAAGCGGAAGAAGCGUUGUCUUGUUGUGGCUCAGGGGUUCUAUGAGUGGCUGAAGAAGGGGCCAGGUGGGAAGGAGAAGGUGCCGCAUUUCGUUAAGCGGAAGGAUGGGAAUUUGAUGUGCUUUGCGGGGCUGUGGGACUGUGUUCAGUACGAGGAUAGUGGCGAUGGAAGUGCUGGGGAGAAGUUGUACACCUAUACGAUCAUCACGACAGACUCCAACAAGCAGCUUAAGUUCCUGCACGAUAGAAUGCCGGUAAUUCUCGAGCCGGACACGGAGGCAAUAAAGAUCUGGCUUGAUCCUAAGCGGAACAAGUGGUCGAAGGAGCUGCAGUCGCUACUGAAGCCCUUUGAGGGAGAGCUAGAGUGCUAUCCUGUGAGCAAGGAGGUCGGGAAGGUCGGCAACAACUCGCCGGACUUCAUAAUACCGGUCGACUCAAAGGAGAAUAAGAACAACAUUGCCAACUUCUUUGGAAAUGCUAAGGCGAAGAAGAAGGAGUCAAUGAAGGAGAACCCGGAAGGAAAAGUAGAGGAGACACGCUCCACAAUAGACCAUGAGAGUACAGAGGACAACGCUCCACUUCCCGUUCCGGAGCCAGUCUUAGGGAAGAAGCACACACUGGAGGAAGACGACACACAACCCGAUGCCAAGCAGCAGAAGCUGUCUUCGCCAGGCAAGUCGUCAUCGCCGAGCAAGACCACGGAAGAAAAGAUUGCGUCGUCACUGAGCAAGACCACAGCAGGGAAGACCGUGUCACCGCAGAAAACAACGGGCAGAACGCCUCGGAGCGGUACCAGUAAUGCAGGGGCAACCAUGAAGACGAGUCCGAACAAGAACACUGAGAAAGGCACUCAACGGAUUACGAGCUUCUUUGGGAAGUGA